AUCUUUUGCAUUGGUAGGAGUGAAUCUAAAUUUAUCCAUGAAAUUGUUCAAGCGGUCUCAAGAAUGGUAAGUCAUACAUACUUAAAUGUCACCAAAUAUCCAGUUGGACUAGAGUCUCGUGUACGAGACAUUAAUGUGCUUUUAAGUAUUGGAAUGAAUGACAAACGCAUGGUAGGAAUCUUCGGAGGUGGUGGAAUUGGUAAGACAACUAUCGCCAAAGCGAUCUAUAACUCAAUUGCUUACCAAUUUGAAGAUAGUUGUUUUCUUGCAAAUGUUAGAGAAAAUUCGAAGCGAGAGUGUGGUCUAGUCCAGUUGCAAGAGACACUUCUUUCUGAUAUCCUAGGCAACUCAAGUUUGAAGAUUCGUAAUGUUGAUGGAGGAAUCAAUAUCAUAAAGGAAAGGCUUUGCAAUAAAAGGAUUCUUUUAGUUCUUGAUGAUGUGGAUGAGUUGAUCCAAUUAGAAUCAUUGUCGGGAGAACAUGAAUGGUUUGGUAUGGGAAGUAGAAUCAUUAUAACGACAAGAGAUGAGCAUUUACUAAUUAAUCCUAAAGUUGAUUUCAGAUACAAGAUGAAUGAAUUGAAUCACAAUGAAGCUUUUCAGCUCUUUAGUCAACACGCUUUCCAAAGUAACAAGCCUACUGAUGAUUUUGUAGAACUCACAAAACAUGCACUACAUUAUGCUGGGGGCCUUCCACUAGCUUUAACAGUGCUAGUGCUUAUGCAUAAGUCUCUCGUAACUAUUGAUGAGCGUAACAAAUUCGACAUGCAUGACUCACUACAAGAUAUGGGUAGAGAAAUUGUUCGUCAAGAAUCAUGCAAAGAACCUGGCAAACGCAGUAGACUGUGGUUUCAUGAAGACGUUCGUCAUGUAUUUGAAGAAAAUAUGGGAACAAACAAAAUUGAAGGUAUAUUAGUGGACUUGCCUGAGCGAGACUUGAUAUGCUUGAGUUCCAAAACCUUCGAGAAGAUGACAAGGCUGAGAUUGUUUAUAAAUCGUAAUGCACGCUUCUUUGGGAGUCCUAGAUAUCUCUCUAAUGAGUUAAGAGUGCUUGAUUGGCCUGGAUGUCCUUUAGAAUAUUUUCCAUCCAAUUUUCAUGGAAAGAAACUCGUCAUUUUAAGAAUAUCUAAUAGCCCAUUAAAGCUACCGAAGGAGAGAUUCAAGGAUUUCCAAAACAUGAGGACUAUGAAAUUCGGUCUAUGUAAAUUCCUAACAGAAAUCCCUAAUAUUUCAAGAAUCCCAAAUUUAGAAGUUUUAAGGGUUGAGAAAUGUGAGAGUUUAGUUAAGGUUCAUGACUCUGUUGGAUUACUUAAGAAGCUUUCCAUUCUGCGUAUUUCGGAAUGCAACAACCUUAUAACAUUGCCAAGAAGCCUCAAGUUGAGAUCUCUUGAAACUCUUGAACUUCUAGAUUGUGCAAGGCUUCAGAAAUUUCCUGAAAUUGAGUGUAAAAUGGAACGCUUGACAAUCCUUUUUUUAAAACGGGUAGCUAUAAAAGAACUACCUCCAUCCAUUGUAUAUUUCACUGGGCUUUCCAACUUAUAUAUCCGAGAUUGCAUAAACCCUAUUCAUCUUCCAAAUAGUCUUCAGUUGCAGCAUCUAAAUAUUCUUCGUCAGGAUCAGGAAAGGUGUUCAAAAGUUGUUAAGCUUCCAACAAAGGUGAGGGAUGAAAGAGAAUCCAUGCUCUCAGUCGUGUCAACAGAGGAAUUUGAAAUUUCAUCAAGUACAAAUUUAUUUGCAUCGCCUCCUCUAGCGAAUGCACAUAUUUUCGAUGAUGGUUGUUCCUUUAUUUUGUUUCCGGCACUGCGAUUCUUGGAUCAUGAAAGAUCUAUAGUAAAAUCAGAAUUCUUCAUGGCACUUAAUUGUUUUUCCAGUUUAGAUAAAUUAGUUCUAUCAGAGACUGAAAUUGUUAGCCUGCCUGCAUGCAUCAAAAGAUUUGUUAGAUUAAGGGCGCUUCUUGUAAGGAAUUGCAAGCAACUUAAAGAAAUUCCAGAACUUCCACCAGAUAUAGAAAAUAUAUGGGCCGAUGGAUGUGUUUCGUUGGAAAGUUUUCCAGAAUUGUCAAGCGGAUUGCGAGUGGGAAAAUGGAUUGACUUGUCUGGAUGCUAUAAAUUGGCUGAGAAUAUAGGGAAUCAGGGACCUUAUAAUGACUAUUUUGGUGGUGGAAUCUUAAUUCCGGGAAAUAAGAUACCAGCUUGGUUCAGCCAUCGUAUGGAGAAUCCAUCUGCUGGUGGUAACUCAUGUGCAAUAUAUAUUACUGGGCUCCCGUUUUUGGAUGAGAUCAAAAAAAUUGCUUUUUGUGUUGUUUUUGGACCUCUCGAGCUCUCAGGGCCAAAAUAUGGCUCGUGUAAUCUUCGUUGGACGAUCUACAGUAAAGGUAUAGAAAGUAAGCUUAUUACUAAGAGAGAUGAACAUGUAAGAGCACAAGGCUCAAAUCAUGUAUGGCUGGAGUACUUGGUUUUAGAUCCUUUUGUGUUAGAGGAGGACAAACUGCUAUUUAGGUUUAACAUAAUUUGUUAUCCAAAAAGAAAAGUAAAAGGGAUUGACAUAAGAACACAGUUCUUAGUUAAAAGCUGCGGAGUUCAUCUGAUACACGAGCACGGAGAGAAUGCAAAAGAUCAUCCAAGUUUGACCCACGUGGAUUUUUAUUUUUGUUUCGAAUCUUCUGAUGACAAAAGUGAUGAAUCUUCAACCGAAGAGGAUGAAUGUGAUGAAGAAAGUGACAUUCCAGAAUGUUCAGCUGAAGAUGAUGAUUGUGAUGAUGAGGAUGAGGAUGAUUGCAACUUGGAAUCCAGUUAUUAG